AUGUUGACUUCAUCGCAGGCUAUUCCAUCCUCUGAAUACUUUCAGACCGGUGGGUCUUCGUCAAUGCAGAUGUUGGAGAGUCGGGAGACGGCCGAACAGGUGCUUCUUUCCUCUCUACGCAAGUUGGACAAGGGAAAGCGGUCGCGAACUGGGCUGGAGUUGAAACGGGGUCUCUUAAUAGCAUUCACAUUGUUCAAAGCGCGGCAAAUUCUUUGGCAGUACCCAACACCACUACCACCACCACAAAUACCACCAGUUCAACUUCCUCUCGCUUCACAUGCCCCCCAGGAGGAGAUAUACCUAGCCUCUGAGGAUUAUUCUCCCCUAUCCGGUGAUCCGUCUAUGCUUUCUACGCUUGAGGGCGUGGGAAAGGACUUCAACUCCGACAUCUGGCAGCCUUCUAACAAUGAGACGGCUACUGUUGACGUUGAUGAGGAGGAAGGAGAGGAAGAGGAUGAUUCCGAUUCAGACGACAUUGACAUCGAUGAAGAGGAUCCUUUUGACGACUUCGGCUCCCAUGAACCCAUAUUCCCGCCUCCUUUUCCACUUAUCUUUCCCGAAGAACAUAUUUCAGCCUCCUCACCUUCGGUUGUACAUACCUCUAGUGGAUUAACCAACUUGACGACGGUUGUGCCAGGUAGUGAAGCUCACAGAAAUUUCGAUCAGAAUCAUCCCGCCGCCUCAACCCAUCUCUCCAACCCCCUUGUCGCGCCUUUCAGUAGCUCGAGAAAGCGGUCUUCAACCGAUUCAGAUUCCUCAGAAAAUCCACAUGUCUCCCCCUUGAAACGACUCACUCCAGUCCCAUUUUAA